AUUCUUUGUUUUGGUUUGAAAAAUUUUGUUCUCUGCAGAGUUCUUCAAAACAAAUAAUAAUAGUUUAUAAAGGUGAAAGAAAACUGUGAACAAAGAGAAUUUUUAGUGAUUAGUUGUCGAAAAUUGUUAUCAACUCGGUUAUUAUUGUUUAUAACGACGCAAUACUAACUACGUAAAUUUCUAAUUCGACUGUAUAAACAAGUUAAAACUUUAAUCGAAUGAUUGAUUUUAUAUAUGUCUGAAAAAAUAACGUCAGUUUCCCACUGAUAAGCAGUUUUCUGUUCGAAAUUUGGAUCGUGAAAUUUGUGUAUGAUGUUAGAAUUAGACGUUGUACCUGAAAGAUCUUUAGGAUGCGAACAAUGGGAAUUCAUACUAGGUAUGCAUUUUUCUCAAGCUGUGGCCAUAAUCCAGUCCCAGGUGGGCGUUAUCAAAGGAGUACAAGUCUACUACAGCGAUACAAAUCCAUUAGACUACGAUCUCAUUUUACAUUUACCUCAAGAUGGUAUUAGAUUUGUGUUCGAUGCUGUCCUGCAACGAUUAAAACUUAUCGAAGUAUUCGAUAUGAAACUAGUUAAAUUAAAAUAUUGUAAUACGAUAUUCAAUUCAUCGGAAAUUUUACCCACGAUUCAAGAAAUCGAGCAAUGUUUCGGAGCUACUCAUCCUGGAAUUUUCGACUGUGAAAAACAAAUGUUUACAUUGAACUUUAGAGGGCUUUCAUUUUCAUUCGAUGUUGAUUCUAAGUUCCAGCCUGGGAUAGCGCAGUGUGGUCUGGGGUCAUUACAAUUUACGACGGGCGUCUCUCCAGUUGUUUCCAAAAUGGUCAUUUACGCUGGGAACAAUUUGAAGAAUUGCACCAGUAACGAUUAUCAAGGCAUUAUUCCAGUUCCCGUCGUCCCAUUACCUAUUUCUUGUUACCAUGGUUUGUCGUAUGUAGAGAAAGCGUUGGUUUUGCGCGAUAGAACAAACACUAAAGGAAUACAGUUGACACUUCAUAUGCAAGGAUCAGGAUCUUUGAGGCGUCAAAGAAUCACUUUGUUGAAAGAUUUAUACUUUGGGAUUACAUGUCAAGAUGUAAUGUCGUUAUUGGGAUCUCCGUCUCAAGUAUUCUAUAAAUCGGAAGACAAAAUGAAAAUACAUUCCCCGAACGCGCAUCUACACGUUAAAACACCUCGUCGUUCGGAUUAUUUCUUCAAUUAUUUCUCAUUAGGAUUGGAUAUACUCUUUGAUGCAAAAACUCAACGUAUGAAAAAAUUCAUUCUUCAUACCAAUUACCCUGGCCAUUAUAAUUUCAAUAUGUACAAUCGUUGCGAUUUCCGUAUCUGUCUGAACGCAGAAAAGCAAGUUCCUGAGUCUAAGAAACAAAAUUCUAAAGAUAAAGUUUUAGAGAUUACUGCAUUUACUAAAUGGGACGACAUAUCUGAUCUAUUGAAGCACAGUGAUCGUCCGGUCGUUCUGAACAGAUCAGGUUGUACGAAUAUUAAUCCGUUUGGCUCGACGUUUUGUUAUGGUUACCAAGAUAUGAUUUUUGAAGUAAUGCAAAACCAGCACAUAGCUUCAGUAACUUUUUACAAAAAUGUUUCCGAUAUUGCAGACGUAUGACAAAGGUUGACCGCCAAGCCCUCAGUUUUGGCGGCCUUAUCAUGCCAUUUUAAGUAUUUAAAUACGUACACAAUCGUUCUUCAAAUCUAAUGCAUAAUUCUUCAACAUUUUACUCAAAGUAAAAUAUAUUUUAAUAGCAUUUCUGACUUAUAGUACAAACUGAAGUGAUCAUUACAACUGAUUGUAAACCAUUUUCACUCGUUUUAGAUACGAGAUUAGAGGAAUUUUUCUAAAUAUCACAUUCGAAGUGCCUGUAAUCAUGUAGAAGUAUCCGUUUCACUUUGUUUUUUUAAUUACUACACAUAUCUACCGCGUAUUUUCUUUUUCUGGGUGGUCGUAGUUUCUUAUUUUAUUCCAUUCAUUUUGCAAUAAAGUUACAAUUUUUCGUUAUUUUAUUAAAUGAUACAAAAUUCAAGAACAAGUAGAUAAAGUUUAAUUGUUGAGUAUACUCAUUGUUAUCUAUUUGUUGAACGUUUGUGAGUACUGAAAAAAUAAUUCCAAAAAAAAGUAUAUAUAUAUUUAUCGUAAUUUAUUUUUUAUUUUAAUUAAUCUCUUAUAUUACCGCUUACGGAAUGCACUUCUAUGAUCCGAGUGAUUUUGCGUUCGUGAAUUAUACCAUCUGAAAUGACUUUUUCCUCCUUUUACGAUUUGUAAGCGGUAUUAUUAUAGUAGGUAUAUUACAUGUUUUAAAAAAAAAAAGUCUAAGUCUACUUAAUAUCUAAUUUUAAAUUAAUGUCAGUUGUUUGAAUUCAACUACGUCUUAUGAUUGUUGUAUUCUAAGCGUGAGAAAAGAAUUUGUGUUUUGUGCAGUUUUUAUUUAUUUAUUUCUUUUUUAUGUAUUGAUAAUGUUCAUGAUGGCAAACGCCUUAUUUGCGUUUUCAAGUGUAAAUGAUUCGAAUUUGAAUUCAUGAGUAUUUUCAUUGAACUGUUCCAUUGUUUGAAUGUAAUUGUUUCGAGUGUGAAAUUAUGUUUUUCUAUUUAGCUCAGCUCAGAACGGAUAGUUUAGUUUAUUUGAGAUUUUUUUUUUGUUUUUGAUGAAUGUUAUUUAUUCUAAAAUUACCUUUACCUAAUUUACUGAUUUUUGGAUCUCUUUUUUCUUCUCAUUUCGUAAUUACAUAAUAUUUCUGGACCAA